AUGUUUAAGAUAGAGUAUAAAGAAGACAAAGGGAAAUGUGUUAUAGCUACUAGCCAAAUUAGAUCUGGAUAUUGUAUUGCUGAAUCACACCCAGAAAUUGCAAUCCCAUUAUGUGUUAAAUUUAUGACACCAAGAGUAGUUGAUCCUGCGACUAAAAAAAAUAAUUAUAAAAUAAUAAACAUAUGUUUUUAUUGCUUUGAAAAGGUUAAUAAAUGUACAUAUUGCCCUAAUUGUAAAUAUGUAGCAUAUUGUAGUGAUAAUUGUUUAGAGAGGGCAUGGAAAUUUCAUAGAGAAGAAUGUGAUAUAUUUAAAUCAAAUAUCUUUGAUAAAUAUUGCCCGACAAUAACUAUGAGAUUAGUUAUAAAUUGCUAUUUAAGUCAUUUAAAUUUUUAUGAUUAUGGUGGAUCAAUUAAUGAUCUAACAAAAGAAAAAUAUGAUAACUUAAAAUAUCCAGCAUAUAUUGUUUCUGUUGCACUCAUGAGUAAAAAAAAAAAAAUUUUUUCAAACUUUGAAGAUAACAAAAGUAUACUUAAAAAUGUUAUUGAAAAAUUUAUAAAGGUAUCAAAAAAUACAUUACAAAUAAUAGAUAAUGAAUUAGAACCAUGUGGUUUAGGUUUUUAUAAAAAACCUAUUCCAUAUUUUAAUCAUUCCUGUUUAAGUAAUUGUGUAACUAUAUUUAAAAAUCAGAAAUUAUAUAUAAGAACAUUAAUGGAUAUCUAUCCAGGAGAAGAAUUGACAAUAAGUUAUUUAGAUAUCGCAUUUGAUCGUAAUACUAGACUAGCUAUAUGUGCAGAUCAGUAUUUUUUUACAUGUACAUGUAAAUUAUGUAAAGUAAAUAUUGCUUCAGAGUGUCAUAACAUAUUUAACAAUGAUUUUAUAUGUACACAUUCAGAAAAUUGUAAAAAAUUUAUUAAUUAUAUGGAAAUUGUAUUAAUGUCAGAACUUGAAAGAAAGAUUAGUUAUCUUAAUAAAUCCCAUUUUAAAACUUUCCCAAUUUUAAAAAAGUCAACAGAAAAAAAUGAAAAUGUAUGGAAAUGUAUGUUAUGUAAAAAUGAAACUAAUGAUAGUGUAAUAAAAGCUUUAAUUGAAAAAGAAAAAGAAACAAUUAAAGAAGUUGAAUAUUUAGAUACUUUAUUUGCUGAAAAAUAUUCAUAUGAUAAUAAAAUUGUAUUACAAUCUUUAAAUAAAAUUAAAUCAAAAAUAGAUGAUCUUACAGAUUAUUAUCAUCAUUCAAAAUAUUCUAUACAAAAAAUGAGAGCAAAAAUAUUAUAUGUAUCUAUACAAUUACAAGACUUCAAAUUAGCAUAUAGUAUAGCUACCCAAUAUUUAAAAUCAAUUGAAGUAUCUUAUGGAAAAUAUUCACCAAUUUAUGGAUACUAUAUUUUUUUAACAGGAAAACUAGCUUUAUUUCUUGAUCUCAAAUCAGCAGGACUAAAUUUAAUACAUAAAGCCAAAAAAAAUAUUAUCAAGACAUAUGGCCCAGAGUCCCCUAUAUACAAGGAUCUUGAAAAGUUUCUUUAUACAAAUAAAUACUAA